AUGCAGGGUCUCUCAGUCAUGGUCAGUGCUGCCACUCUCUUCUCGGUCCUGUGCCUGCAGCUGGGCAUCAACAUAGCCCAGGAAACCACAAAUGUUCCAAAACCACUUUCAUUUGACUUAAAAGUUCCAAGUACAGCAAAGCCAAAUGAGAUGAUCAGUGUGGAACUUAGACUUACAACAGAAUAUAAAGAAUGUUUUGUGGCCAAAGCUUACCUUGUAAGUAGUGAACCAAUGGAAGGUGCCUUCAACUAUGUACAGACCCGCUGCCUCUGUAUUGACUUUCCUGCCUCCUUCUUCUGGGACUUUGAAGUCACAAGAAGUGUAUAUUUUAAAGUAGUGGUUGACCUUACCAAGGAAAAAGGUAUCUGCCCUGAUGAUUAUGCGGUGAUACCCAUCACAGCAAACAGGUUUUAUACUGAACGUUAUGUGCACGUGUCUUAA